AUGUCUGUCGAAUCUGCUUCAAACAAGAGUUCAGCCGAACCUGCCCAGGGGGAGACACCGAUUCUGAAUAAUGAAGAAGUAACUGAAAUUACACAACCUGCUGCAGUAGAAACAGAUGGACAGCUAGAGCAUCCAGAAGAUGGUAGCAACAACACUCCUGUUAACAGCGAAUUGCAGGCAGGUUCGGAUGUUCAAGCGGAACAACCAAUUCAUGUAGAGGCUCCAGAAGAGGUUGCCGCUUCUGAGGAAGAACAACAACAUCCAGAUGUCCCCGAAACUGCUGUGGAGCUUAAAGGCGAACAAGAAGAAGUCAAUAAUGGUGCUGGCGGUGCAGAAAACUCUCCCGUUUCUUCCCCAUCUUCUAGUUCUUCUCCUUCAAGUAGUGACACUGGUGGUGACGAUGAUGAAGUCGAAAGAGAAGAAGAAGAGCAAGAAGAGAAACUGACAAACGAUAUCGAAAGUGAGGAAAAACAAUUGCCUGGAGAAUCAGACAAUAUUGAUAAAGCUCUCCUUGAGAAACAGUUCAAACUAAUCAAGGAAGCUUGUAUUUUGCAAAACCCUUCUUUCAAAAAUGCUUCCGAGCAAGAACAAAUUUCUGCUUUAAUUGCUAUUCUCAACUCUGAUCCUCAGACAGCAAUGCCGCAUGCGGCUCCUGUUGCCACUUCUACUACAACGGCAGCAUCCGAAUCAAAAGGCAAGAACGUUCGUUUCCCACGUCCAAACAUGUCCCAGCCAAUGUCUGCCGAGGAGAAGGAGAGAUAUUCAGAAUAUUUAAACGGUGAGACUAAGAUUACAGAGAUUCAAUCUUUUCCACCAAAAUCAAGAUUGUUCAUUGGUAACUUACCUCUGAAAAACGUUACGAAAGAGGACUUAUUCCGUAUAUUCUCACCUUAUGGUCAUAUUUUUCAAAUCAACAUCAAGAAUGCUUUUGGUUUCAUUCAGUACGAUAACCAAAGAUCCGUGCUAGAUGCCAUUGAAUGUGAAUCUGAGGAAAUGAAUUUCGGUAAGAAGCUAAUCUUAGAAGUUUCAAGUUCUAAUGCUAGACCACAAUUUGACCAUGGUGACCACGGUUCUAAUACCAGUUCCACCUACGUCACUUCAAGCAAGAGAAACUACGAUAACGAGGAAAACGACGAUGAAGACAUGUACAGCGAUAAUCAUUACAAGAAGUCAAAGAAGCGUACUCCACAAUGUCUAAUAUACGUCAAGAAGGCCGCAGAUCGUACAUAUGCGUACAGUGUUUUUACCAAUUUAAGCAAAAAAACCGGUUUGGAAACGGAUAUGGUAAUCUUGAAACCAAGAAUGGAACUAAGGAAAUUGGUUAACGAAGCAGCAUACGAUGGUGUGUGGGGUGUGGUCCUCGUGAACAAGAACAAAAACAUCGACGUUCAAACUUUCUACCUGGGUCCAUCAGGUGAAACCAAAUCCGACGAAUAUGUUGCUGUUUCGAUUGAUGAAGCCAUUUCUAUUUUCAACAAUAUAAAGGCAACGAAAAUAGGGCUUCCAGCAAGAUCACCUGUAAUGAAUGCCCAACCGUAUGGAAUGCAGCCACAUAACGUCAUGCCGCAGCAACCAUACGGAUACAUGCCUCCGCAACAACAAUACCCAGGUAACAUGCCUAUGAUGCCUCAACAACAAAUGUAUGGUAACAUGCCACCCACCCAAAACUAUGGAAUGCCACCACCACCACCCCCACAACAGGGCCACGGUUACCAGGGAUAUCCGCAACAUCCACAGAUGAUGCCACAACAAGGCGGACUUGAUCAAAACCAAUUGUUGGCUGCGUUACAAAAUCUUCCACCAAACGUUGUCUUGAAUCUACUGCAACUAGCCCAACAACCAAAUCAACAACAGCAGCAACAAGCGUUAGGUGUUAUCCAACAAAUACAAGCUGGAAUACCAUUGCAGCAACAGCAGCAACAGCAGUUACAACAGCAGUCGCAUCCUCAGCAAUCGCCGCCUCAACAGCCUCAACAGCCUCAACAGCUUCAACAGCACCAACAGCCUCAACAACCUCCGCAACCUCCGCAACCUCCGCAACCUCCGCAACAGCAAUCGCCUUACGGUAAUUACAUACCACCCCAGACCCAACAAGAUAACCGUUCCUCCCAAGAUAACGGUAACUCCCAACAGCACACCCAAACGCAAGCACAGGCUCAAGCACAAAAUAACAACAACGUCCAAUCUCUCUUGGACUCUCUUGCCAAACUACAAAAAUAA